GAAAUUCUUCAUGACUUUACUUGUCUUGCGGAGUGGACCUACCCGUUUUCAAACAGCCAUAAUUAUCGAAAUAUCUCGCGUUAUGAAGAGCGGUGUGACGUCAUUAAAGCUGAUGACUUGACAGUGCACACAUUUGUCAACAUUGGGUCAUAUGAAGUCCUCUACAACUAUUAAAACAGGGCAUCGUCAUUCAGAAUUGUUGUGCCCGCCUGUUUGGAGAUGAAGUGGUUGGGUCGAUCGGAAGAGGCCUGUGUGUGCUGGUGGGAAUCUCGAGAUACGACACCCCGAAGGAGAUGGAGUACAUAGUUAGAAAAGUUCUGAACUUGCGUCUGUUUGAUGAUGACGGUGGAAAGCGAUGGGCCAAGAAUGUGAUGGACAAGCAGUUUGAAGUGCUUUGUGUCAGCCAGUUCACCCUGUGUGUGACUCUGAAGGGCAACAAGCCAGACUUCCACGAGGCAAUGGGCCCCGACCUGUCCCAGCAGAUGUACCAGGAGUUCCUCAAGCAGCUGGGAGCCGCAUACUCCCCCGACAAAGUACAGGAUGGUAAAUUUGGCGCCUACAUGCAGGUGAAUAUACAGAACGACGGCCCAGUGACGAUACCUCUGGAGUGUGUGCCAGCGGGACCAAAUUACUCCAUGCACUUACAGAAUGACGUGAAGAAAGCUGACAAGAGAGCAGGCAAGCAGUCAUCAAGCAAGGUCAAGUCUGAUGAAGCUGCAGACUCCUCCCCAUCUGAAUCUCCGAGUUCUCCAGGAGCAUCGGGACUCACAUGAUCUCGUACUGUAGUAGAGUUGUCUUAUUUGUACAUAAACAUUUUAAAGAACA